AGUGUCAGCGUUUAUAAGGAAGUAGCUCCUCUCUCAAGCACCAGAGUGUCUGUUUUGUCCUGUGAACCGGAGCGUAGAAAACCUAAAAUAUGAAGAUCUUAGCGGUUUUCGCUUGUGUACUGGCAGGCUGCCUGGCUGAGAGGCCCCACGCAUGCUCAAGUCCUCCUCUUAUGAGUGGAGCCCUCACUGUGUCCACACAGAAUGAAAAGCUGUGGACCUACAUCCGAUACGAGUAUGAUGCACUGGGACAGAGGAUCCGGCUCAAGGAGCUGGGCAGCUAUGAGAACAAGAGCUUCACCUACGAUGCUCUUCUGCUCUUCAGAGAGGCUAUCAUGUAUGAGAUUAAUCACAAAAACCGUACAUGCAAGAAAAGGCCUCUGAAGGCAGACUUCCAGCCCAUGAGAAUCCCCAAAACUGCAACUCUGCUCGGCCAGGCUGUCUUGGGCAGCUCGUCUGGACCCGGACAGGGACUCCUGAUCAACACAUGGAUGGGAGAUCUGCCCGACAAGCAAGGAAAGUACCUGAGCACAGUCACUGAAUUUGGAUGCAUUCCUGUCAGCACUGUGUACCAAACUGACAAGUUCGGAUGGGUGCUGACAAGCUUCUUCAACAACGUCAUUGGGAUUUCGGACCCGGGUCAGCUCAACCCUCCGGACUUCUGCCCAGAUGCAGAGAUGAAGGAUGGUGCAGAGGAGCCAGUCGACUUCGUCAGCUUGUUCCUUAAAAAGUGAUAACGACCUCCUUGAACUCGUGUCUCAAACUGUCUUUGAGAUUUUGAAUGAAAAUAAGGGAAGCCACUGAAUCAGAGUUGCACAUUUACUUCUGCAAAAAAAUUGUGUAAUUCAAAGCUUGUCAGACUAAAUUUUGCAGAAUUUAUCUUUUUUAUUGUUGAAGAUGUAAUUUUUUCAUAUCACCAAUUGAUUAAAAACCUGUGAUGUAAA